GUUAGAGGUUGGUGGCUCUCGAGGUCUUUUUCCGGCAUUCUGACAGACGCUCUACAUGUAGGACUCACCUACGGGUGAUGUACUUUUAUUUUAGUCCUACUAGACUGCACUUAAACCUAUGCUUUGAAGUUAUAUGUUUACUUUAUAACUCAUCCUGUUAUUCUAGUAGGUUGUUCUACUAGAGAUUGGUUUGAAUUCCUUCAUAUUCUGUUAUAUCUUGCUUCCGUGUCGCACUUUUGGUUACGUCACGCCCACGUGACGGCCAUCAUGCCUGGAUCCUCUGGAUCGGGGUGUGUCAGUUUGGUAUCAGAGCUUAGGUUGCAGUCCUGUAUAAUUGUUAAUGCUUUAAUGAUCUUUUGAUGUUUUCUGUCAGAAUUAUGCCGCCUCGAAGAGAGCGUAGGGAGUCCCGCCGUACUCCUAAUCCUAAUUUCUCGGAUAUCGUUCAGUUGGGGGAAGUAAUGGCUCAGGCUUUUCAGAAUGUGAUUCCUCCUCCCCCACCUCAGAGGACACCCCUAGAUACCAUGUACAAUUUGAAAUUAGAUCGUUUUAUGGGUGAUGAAGGUCACGAGGGGGCAGAGAAAUGGCUAGACCAUAUUGAAAAGACGUUUCAGGUGAUGCAAAGUCAGGGGAACUUUCCGGCUGAUAGGUGGGUAGAGACCACUACCUGGUUUUUGGGUCGAGAGCCGGCAGGUUGGUGGAGGAAUCAGACGCAGUUUAUGUCCCCAGCUAUGGCAUCUGAUUGGGAGGUAUUUAAAGAUAAUUUCAAGAAAAGAUUUGUCCCCCCAGAGUAUAUUGAUCGCAAGAAACAGGAAUUUACUCGGUUGAAACAGAGGAAUAUGACAGCUCAUGAGUACUACAGAAAGUUUACUGAUUUGUCUCACUAUGACCUGAUACAGCUGGUAAUUAGGGAGAGAUGCUUCGACGUUUCAAAUUGGGAACUAAGAGAAGUGGCGUACCUUUGCCAGUGCACUUCCCUGCGCCGAUUACCAUGAGUUUUUCGAGAUUUUGGUCAGGAUGGAGGAUUUUGAUAAUCUUCCCAGUGAGAGUGAGGAUGACGAGGACAAGAAUGAAGGUUAGAAGAAGGAUGAUAAAGGUAAGGGUAUCUCUAUUCCGGGACCUCGCAAGACUCAAAAUUUUAAGAAGAGUGGAGCAAGUUCGAGUUCUUCUAGUGGUGGAUAUAGUAUUACUGGCCCGAGGAGAGGUGGUGGUAGAUUUUCUGGUGGGCCUAGAUUUCAGAGGCAGAGGGAUUCUGGUGGUGCUGGUGGUUCUGGCGCGUCGUGGUGCCGCCGUUGUAAUUUUUGUCAUCAUGGUGAGUGUAGGAGAGGUAGUGGUGCUUGUUUUACUUGUGGGCAAAUGGGACAUCGGGCUUCUCAGUGUCCCCAGGGUCAGCAGAGACCGCAGCAGACCACUAUGCCACCUCCAGCGCCGAUUCAGCAUGGCUUUGGACCAGGCGGUUAUGGCCAGUCGAGUCGUGGUGGUGCCUACCACUACCAGGGGGAUGCUGCUCCGUAUGCUCCCGGACCUCAUUAGUAUCCCCAUGAGCCUUAUCCUCAGGCAGGGUAUUCUCAGGACUUUGGGGGUUAUUCUUUUUAUUCAUCCAUGCCAGCUAGUGGAUCUCAGUGGCAUCAGGGAGGUCAGCCCCGUCAGGGGGAAGUUGCUACUGGUGGUGCAGGAUCAUCUAGGCAGCCUAGUCAGCCAGGCCAGGGACGUACUUUUCAAGGGCGAGGUAAUCAAGGCAGUAGAGGUCGUGGUGGACGACAGCAAGCUCAGGGGCGUGUUAAUCACAUCUCACUGCAAGAGGCUCAGAACCAUCCAGACUUGAUCAUGGGUGACACCUAUCCCGAGGACGAGCGCAUCCAGGGACGUCACGG